AUGAAAAACUUCAUUGCUUCAAUGGCUCUCCUGGAAUGGCAGAAGCAAAGCUUCUUCAAUUUUCCCUUAAUUUUUGUAUUCAUAUCAGUACUCGCGAUCAUCCUCCUGAACUUGUUCUUCAGCUUCAGAAAAAAGAACAACAAUAAAAGUAGAACUAAACUCCCACCAAGUCCUCCUAAACUUCCACUCAUCGUUGUGGUUUCAUCACCAAGGUUGGCAAAGGAAGUUUUAAGGACUAAUGAUCAUGCAAUAGCUAAUAGGCCUCAGAUUUUCUCAGCCAAGCAUCUUUUCUAUGACUGCACUGAUAUGGUUUUCUCCCCGUUAGGCAACUAUUGGCGAAACAUACGGAGGAUUUGCAUUCUUGAAUUGUUGAGUCCAAAGAGAGUUCAAUCAUUCAGUUUUGUCAGGGAAGAAGAAGUUGGCAAGCUUGUUCGCCGUGUUGCAGAAUCACGCCGUGGCACCACAAAUUUAACCAAUGCGCUCGCGUUGUAUGUGAAUAAUCUCGUCUGUCGGGUUGCAUUUGGAAGGGAUUUCUCGGAAGGUGGAGAUCAUAUUAAGCAUAACUUCAAGAAGUUACUUGAAGAGUAUCAAAUUCUGCUUGGAGGAUUCAGCAUUGGGGAUUUCUUCCCUUCUCUGGAGUUUCUGCAUAAAUUUACUGGGAUGGAAUCAAGACUUAAAAACACCUUCAGGCGAUUCGAUCUUUUCUUUGAUGAGAUUUUGAAGGAUCAUCAGAAUCCUGAGGGAAGUAAAGAUCAGAAGGACCUUGUGGAUGUUCUACUUGAAGUACAGCAGAAAGAAGAUGCUGAGAAUCAUCUCACCACCAACAACAUCAAAGCAAUCAUAUUGGUUAUUCUCGGUUUCAACUAG